UCCAUUGGAGUAUAUAAAUCGACGAUACCGCACAGGUUAAGCAUGGAUUUUCACGUUUUAAGACCUCAGUGUUUCAUUCCUCCCUCUCUCUCUCUCUCUCUCUCUCAUAUUCUUCGGCGUGGUAAUCGUGUCGCCAUCUUGUUUUGACGAUUUAAGCGCGGAGUUUUUGGACGGCGAAGGUGCACGAUGUACGCGCUAACUCAAAAGAAAGAAAUAAAGAGAGUAAGGAAGAGAAAGAGAGAAAUAGUGAGAAAGAGUGAGAAGAAUAGACUAGGAUCUCAUCCCGAUGAGUCUGUUGGAUAUUUCAGUCUACUAGUCGCACCAGUGAACGUUAAUACUCGUAGCGUAGAAGAGGCCAGUAGCGGCGAACAAACACACAUAUCCUGACUAUAGAUAUUCUUGUUCGCUCUCGCUUAAGUGCAUUAGUGUACUCUUUCUCUCUCUCUCUCUCUCUCUCUCUCUCUCUCUUUCUUUCUCUCUCUCACUCUUUCUCUCUUGGCUCUGCCAUAUCUAUUAUUAGUACCCAGUCAUUGGAGUCGGUUCUCUCUUCCUACUGCUGACAACGUUACCGUAGUAGUGUUCGAGAUACGCGGAAAAAAGGUGUACAGAGAAUUUUCCUUUUCUUUCUAUAUAACUUUCUUCUCUCUCUUUCUCUCUCUCUCUCUUUCUCUCUCUCUUUCACUCACUCACUCUUUGUCUCUUUUUGUCUGUUAUUAAUUCUCUUUUCCUUUCUUCCAUAUCUUCUCGUCAUUCUUGAACUUACGCGGGUGUCACGACGUAAGAAUAUCACUCUCUCGUAUUCUUUGUCGCUUCGCCGCAUCGUCUUUCUUUUCACGUCGGACUAAUCACAACUACCGAACAAUAGUCGAUAGAAGAAACGAACGAACGAAGAAGCGAGCGAAAUAACGAACAAGMAACCAAGCGCGCUUCUUUCGACGCCAAAGAGCGGUGACGCGUUUCCGUAACGCGCUUUUGCUAGAAAAGCGUUGUUUGCGCUCCAAGACGUGGAUUUACCUUUGCCGAUACUUUCAAGGAUCUUUAAAAGGAUGAUCCUCUCACGUUCUUCACUAUGAAGGAUGCAAUUCAGUCGAAAGGAACUAAUAACAUAAAUAGUACUAAGACUAAACCAUCUUUAGAGAUUUAUCGACCACCAGGUGGAAGAACGGAAGGGACAACGGCGAACGUCACUAAUCCAAGAUUGAACGUACAUGCUAAGGAGUUCACUAUGAAACAGAACGAUUCGCAUCCAUCUAAGUCUCGGACGAAUGCUUCAGAGCGUACCCCGUAUUAUCUACAGCACAGCAAAUCGAGUGGGAACGUUCAUCGAUAUCUUUACGCUCAGCAACAACAGCAACAUCAACAGCAACUGCAUCAUCCCUUACAUCAACAGAGACAUUCUCAUGGUAGCCAUCAUUCGAGUUCGUCGAGACAGGGACAUCCUUUGGAAACGGUUGCUUCCAGCGGAAAUAUCUUACACGGUACAAAUAGAGUUCACUUCAAUGUGGACCACAAUGAAGGGAAAUCUAGCACACCGAAAGUAGGAAGACUUACGAAGUCUCUAUCAUUCGUGUCCACUUACGGUUUGAAACGUUCGAAAAGUCUGAACGCUGCCGAUGUUCUCGCUGCUAAAGCAAUUAAUAUCUCUGAUGCUUCGGAAUUAGGAAAGUUUCCGUGCCCGGUUCAAGACACUCUCUUAAGAGCCAUCGAUGAUCCAAAUCUAUUGAAUGCACGUUCGCUUAUGGAACUCGUACGACAUAUAUUAGAACGGACCGUUGAAAAUCGUCGAUAUGCAGAACCAGCUGCAAAGAUUUGCAUCACUAUCAUAGAGAAAGAAAGUAACGAGACCUUCUUGGAAUCACUCUUGAACAUAUGUCAACAAUGGUACCAAGAUCGUGCGAGAAUACUUCGAGAUGAGUCAGGUUGUCACCGUUAUUCGGCCUUCAUGAUGUUCCUCAACGAGAUGUACUGUCAGCUGAAACGACGACAACUUCAACUGAAGACGCAACAAGAAGGAGUUCCACCGGGCCGUGUACUUCUCACGUUACUCUGGAAAUGUUGUCAGGAUUGUUUGCAGCCUCCGGUCGUAAAUUCUCUCGCCGAGACGGAUUGUCUCUUCUUCAUUCUCACUUGCAUUGGUAAGGAUCUGGAUGUUGAAUUACCAGCACAACUUCAACAACUUCUUGGAAGUCUACGAGACGCCUUUCUUGCUGACGAGACGAUUCUUCCAUCCGUGAGGAAAACGCUUCUACAAUUAAUAGAAUUACAUGCCGCCCAUUGGCAAUUACCAGCGCCGGCAGUCGUCUAUUAUUACCCUGGAUCGACUUCCAAAUGAUCUUUGUUCUUUUUAUUUAUUUUUUCGGUCCAUCCAUCCAUCCAUCCACCUAUACAUCUAUCGAUCCAUUGGUCUUCACAUUUCUUUGUGUGUAUGUUUAUGUGUGUGAGUCUGUGUGGUGCGUGUGUGUGUGCGUUGUCAAAGCUCGAACUCGCGUACAUGCGUUCAUUCACAAUUUAUUUUUUUCUACUCGAUUGAAAAACUUUUCACGGAUUGAUUCUCUUUUAACGGACCAUUCAUUCUAUCUCUCUUUUUCUCAUUUCCAAUUUCUCUCUACUUUCUUUUAUAAAUCAUG